AUGAAAAGGGAGCACUACUACAUACGAACGGUUGAGCUGGUGUUGAUCUUUGCCCUGGUGCUCUACAACAUCAAGACUUGGCUCGAUCACCGCUUCGCUGGUGAUGGCAAAGACCCAGACAUCCUCUUCUGGGCAUGGGCCGAGCUGUUCCAAGAUUGGCAGCUGGUUGCGUUGCAGCUGGCCCUCCCAGCAUUCUUCAUCUGUGCCGGAUGGAAGACGGCCCUCUCGUGCAACGAGAUCGUGCAGGCCCGAGCGAGCGGUGGCGAGUCUCUGCUGCUGGCUGGCGAUGUGAGCAUGGACGGCUCCGGCUCGCGAUCGAAGGCCACCCCCACCUGGCGAGCGCUGCUCUUGGCCAAGGCCAAGGAAGAGGCCAUCCUUCUCGCGUGGUACCUCGGCGGCUCCCUCGUCCUCUUCCUUCUCCACUUUCUCGGCCUGGGCACCAAUGAGCAGUCCGGGGGCGGCAUGUGGGACUACGUGCUGCUGACGGCCAACGGCCAUCUGCUCUACUUUUCGGUGUACAUAUCAUUCGUGCGGCUGCUCUGUCUGCCCUUCGUCAUCGUCGCCAAGGCGUGGAGCGAUGAGUCGGCCUUCCUCUCCCCGCAAAACCACACAGCGGCCGAGCCCUUCUUGGCUGGCGCCUUCGCCAUCACGCUGUGGUCUGCCCUCGGCUGGACGGCUUUGUUGAUCGUACCGGUUGUGGGUUUGGCGUACUACUUGCACAUCAAGGGUCAAGGCAGACACCUCUGGCUUGCCCUUCAUCGCCGGUACACUGCCGUGCUCGCACGCGGUAAUGACGAGUACCGAUGGGGUCUGGUGAUGUGCACCGGGCUGCUGUGUUUCAUGAUCCUGUGGGCCAACGCCUACUUCGACUCGCUGAGCCUCAACCUGGGCCUCAUCCUCAUCUUUGUGGUGCCGAUCUACUUCCUCUCCGUGUCCUGCGCCUCGGCACCCAGCGCGCAGACCACCUCCCUCGGCAAGACGCUCGUCAACCCCGCGCUGCUGGUCUUCGUGGCGAUGAUCAGCGGCUUCCUCGUGGUCAUGACCGCACUGCCCGACAUCCGCUUCGCGCCCGAGAGUCGCCUCGGCCCGGCCCUCUUCUCGCUGCUCCUGCCGGGAUCGGUCGGCGUCGCGAUCGCACAGUACUUCUUCACGCUCACGUUCCACAUGUGCCUGUUCCUGCUGGGCGUCUAUUGGAUGCUGGUCGAGGAGCGCAUCCCGAGCGUGCCCACCACCUGGCGCAACCUCGCCUCGGUCGUGUUGACCAAGCUGAUCCUCCUCUUAUGGAACCCGAUCAUUCCCUCGCGCGGCACCAACCUCUACUUUGUGGGCGGGCUCUCGACCUACAGCUACCAGGUUGGCCGCUUCUUGUCGAGCCUCGCGGGCUUUUACUUCACGUUGUGGUUUCUCACCCUGGCGAAGACCUGGUGCGAUCGACCCAACACCAGUUGGGCACGGCUGACGACGCACUACGUACUGGGCAGUCCUCUCGACAAGGCCGUGUACAGAAAUCGAUUUGGCUUGUUGUAUCUCCACCCCGCACUGAUGCACGUUUGCGGAUCGCUCGUCGUCGUGCUCCAGGAGUGGUUCCCCGUGCUCAGCGCGCCACCAGCCACCAUGGUACUGCCCACAGCCAACAAGACACGGGACACGCGUCUCAUGGCGGUCAUCUGGCUGGCGGUGGUCGGCCUGGGCUGCACCAUCUCGAGCUUCCUGCCGCGCGCAUGGCUCGCCGCACCCAAGUACCGACGGCUCAUCAACGACGACGUACCCUCCCACAGCCUCAUCUGA